AUGAGGUGUAUUUUCUCACAAGCUGAUCCGUUGCCUCAAGGCGUUGAGGGGGAAGCUAUGGGGAUCAAGUCGACGCCCGAGGAAGAACAUGCCUAUUCUCAAAGGACUAUGGGCUGUCCCUGCCCGGCAAUGUCCGCCAUGAUCAACCAUUCAUAUCUGAAGCCGUGCGACGACGAGGACUCACUCCCGUUUUUUCAGGUCGUUCAGGCGUUGCGUAAAUGCUACAACUUCAGCUUUCCCUUCGCUUUCAUCUUCGUCCUGGCCACAAACGUGCGUCUGGGAACCAUACUCACUUGGAGGUUCACACUCAAGCAGAUCAAAAAACAUGGGGUGAUUGAGCAUGACGCCAGCAUCAGCAGGUAUAAUUCCAGCGAGGGCGACUACCUCAAUCCACAGGGCGAGUUGGUGGACAAUUUCAUCGAUGGGAUCCAUUAUCCCCCAGGGCUGGAGUCGGCGGAGAAAAUGAUAACCCUGGAGGAUUUUGCGAAGAAAAGAGUGGAGCUGGAAGACAGACUGACCUCUUUCCUCUUCCUACAACCCAAGUUCUGGAUCCAUCUGUUAGGAAUCGGAGAAGCGGCGAUGACUCUCCGCGCAUUUGCGGACAAGAGUUCGCCCUUGUAUGCCCGAGAUAUGUGUGUAAGAGCUGACUGGCUCAGAAUAUGGUUGAAGGAGGAACGGUUCCCGUUGGAAUUAGGCUGGGAAAACCGCCGGGAUGGGUACAAGAUUACCUUGUUUGGGAUUUUCAGGACCAUCUGGAAACUGUAUAGGGCAACGAAUGCGAUCAAAAAUGAAAAGUCAAUCAAUCAAUAG